CCGUGUGCCUUGUGCCUGUGAAUGGUAGCAGACUGUGGGUGUGAGAUUGCCCUCAAGCUCUUGGUCUUUCAGUCAGUCGAAGGCGACAUGGUGGGCCGUGGAUUUCAUUUGGAUUUUUUAGACUCAAAAUGUUCUUCCCAUGCGAGCUGUUCACGUGUUUUCAUCCUUGGUUUGAUCUUUGCUUACUACACUACACUCUACUCUCAUGUCCAACCAUCUACAGUGAAGUGCAUGAAUCUUUCUUCGAAAUAUCAGCACUGUGGGAUUCACCCAGAUGGAGUCCAUGAUUUAGACUGUUUUGGUAAACAUAAUUCACAUGAUAUCAAGUGUGUGUGGAAACCUGGAAACCACACAUCAAAAAAGACAUACAUGCUCUUCAUAAAACAAGAUCCCAAACCAUCUUGCAGAGUUCACAAAAACAUCACUGAAUUCUCUAAAAACAUCCCAUUAUAUAAAGAUCGAAACAUGACCGCUGAGGUUUUUGAAACCAGUGAGUCAACAAAUUGCACAAAAGCAGUUUUCAGAGGUUCACCAAAGAGUUUGUCACGAUGUGAUCCUCCAGUUAGCGCAUCUUUCAGACGCCACUCUGGAAGGCUAUUUGUGGAUGUGAGAUGGCAAGAGGUGGACAAAAAGGCCAUUAGCUAUUAUUCAGUGAGCUAUAAAGCACUGGGCAGCCCUUCAUGGAGCGAGUUGCUCCUGCAAUCCCAAAAUAGAACGAAUUGCAUGGUGGAGAAUCUGAACUCCUCACUGGUCUACACAGUUCGAAUACAGUGUGUCACUAAUGAGAAAUGCUCACAGUGUCCAUGGAGUGAAGCCUACACUGUCCCCUCAGAACUGACAACACAACCGGUCAUUGUCAGUCUUAAUAAUACUGACAUUUCAAAGACAAAAGAUCGUCGGCUUCUUUCUGUAAUCUGGAAGUUUUCUGCCAAAGAGCGGUAUGACGGCUUCUAUGUGACCAUUGGGAAAGCGUCCGGAGAGGCCCCAUGUAAGCAGAUGAACACCACUCAACCUGAGAUCAAACUGAUUCUGUCCUAUUCAGCUUAUCAUCUUACCAUCAGCGCUUUCAACAACGCCAGCACCUCCCCAGCUGUGAGCCAAACAAUACCACAGCGAGAAUACAAGCCCAGUAUGGGAGCUGGGAAGCUGAACGUGACAGUCCACAACGAGAAAUCUUUUACUAUCUAUUGGAAAGACGAUUUCAUCAAAAAGUAUGUCUGCUUUUCUGUGGAGUGGAUGAAGAGGGGACAUAAAGUAGCAUACAAGUCCUUUUAUGAGGAUGAAAACAACUAUAGGACACUAUCUCCUUUACCAGAGCCUCUGGAGCCUUAUGAGAGAUACACCAUCACUCUGCACACACGACCAAACAAGGACACCUGCAACUUGAAGCAUAUCAACAACAGUGAGAGCACUUAUGGGAGUACACAGUUCUACUUCAAGGAAGGAUCUCCCGUCUGCGCUCCAAACAUCAGCAGCUUCAAUGUGACACAGACUUCAGUGGUGCUGCAGUGGUCUUCCAUCCCAGAGAAAGACAUCAGAGGUUUCCUACUGGGUUACAUAAUCCACUACAAAGAGUACCACCAGAAGGGGACAAGUACAGAGAGAAAUAUUACAGUGGAUCCACUGUUAAACAGUUAUCAGUUGGCGGAUCUCAAAAGUGGCACAGGAUAUAAAGUCCAGAUAUCAGGUUUCACCCGGGCAGGAGCAGGAGUAAGAAGCAACAUAUACCUCUUUACAACAAACACUCAAGAUGAUAAUAAUCUCAGUGGUGUCAUCACAGUUUUGGUUGUUGUCGGUGUUGUGCUGAUAUUUGGAUCUCCAAUAAUUAAAAGAGCCAGAGUAAUUUUGUGGCCAAGCAUACCUAACCCUGGAAACAGCAAUGCAAUGCAGAAAAUAGAAGGACCCUGUGAGCUGGAACUACUAGAGUCCAUCAAUACUCUGAACGUGGAAGAAUGGGAUACACAUAGUCUCCACAUAGUUGAGAAAGAAAAUGUGGUCCCUGCCAGCACAUUAGCAUCAAUGUUACCGCUUCUCCGUGCCUCAGACAAUGAGGAGGACUCUACAGAAAUGACCCGUAGCUGGAUCCACAGUGACACAGAGGAUGCAACAGGAGAUAUUGACCGUGACAGUAAUGCAGAAACAUUCUCGGCCAACCAACAGACACACUGCCAGAGUCCUCCUUUUGCCUUUUCAUGUGAUUAUACAACAAUGGAAAUGUUUCAGCAGGUGAUGCCUCAGGGCGUGCCGGCAAAUACAUCGGUCACUCAAGCCAUUGAAAGUGAACCAGAGGAAACAGACUUGACUGGGGUCAAAUCAGGAUUGGACUAUGUACGGCAAUUUAGCACCAGUCCCACCUGCGGCAGCGAGGAGAUGUCCAUGGUUUUCUGAAAACACUUUGGAACAAGACUGCAGAGCAUGAAGAGCCAAAAACACAGGAGCAUAAAUACCAUUGCCCACCAGAGGUGCACUAUGAGGAGCUGUCAUACUGUGUGCUGGUUGCCACAUGCUGCGUGGAUUCUUUUAGUCCUCAAUGAUCAAUACAACAAGUGCAGUAUUUAGUUCUGUUUAUGUCACUACCAAACUUACUGUUAAAAUAGACACCUACAUACAGUAUAUUUAUAAAGACAGAAGUCCAGUUUAAGUUCCUAAGACAGUUUGUCCAUCUUCCAACCUCUGUAUAUCUGCACUACCUGAACAAUCUCUUCUGUCCGUGCACAAUAUCUCCACUCAUUUCUGUACAAAAUGCACAUGACUUGAUAUUCCUGAGCAUACAGUAUUUUAUCUGUAAAUCUGAAUACCUCAAAAUGACAACAAAACUGAAAAUGUACUCAUUUACAGGCCAAGACUGGUCAUUGAAUGACUCAAUGAGCAUAAAUUAAUGUGAAACCUUUGCAA